CCACAACCCACAACCCACAAAUCAUAUAUUAAAUUAAUUAGUAUCGUUUUGUCUUCAAACAGCCACCUCUCUCUCUCUCUCUCUCUCCCCCCACAACCAUGGCAACUAACUAUGCUAUAUGUCUUCUAGGAGCCAUGGAUCGUCUUUGGUUUCACCAAAUUAUUCUUUUCUCAGAACCCUCUUCUCUACUUUUCCCAAAACCCCCCAAAGAAACCGUUUCUACCCCUCAACCACUUGCCUAUUCAUCAUCAAGCAACUCUAAACCAACCAUAGUAAUUCGAGACAAAGAAAUCCCAUCAGUUACAUCCGCAAUCCUCCUUCCUGAUCAGGGUGACCACAACAUUGAAGAUAGGGAGGACAGUAAGGAAAGACCCACGAGGUUGAGUGACUUCACUGACUUGAGUCCCAUCACUAGUAAAACUCGCUCUAGUUCAUCAUCACCAUCAACUCAAAAACGAUCUAGAAAAUUCAGACACUCAGGUGCAGUGACGAGGUUGCAGAAAACCAUGAGCUGCAAGAGCUUGUGGGAGCUUGAACUCGAAGAAGUUCAUGGUUUCAUGGAUUUAGGGUUCAUAUUCAAGAAAGAGAAUAUUACUUCAAGGAUGAUGAGCGUAGUCCCCGGCUUGCAAAGACUCGGAGGGAUCAAAGAUGAACAAAAAACCCUCGACAUCGAUGGUAACGAAGCGGAUAAUUAUGAUGACAUUGAAGAGGAAGAAGAAGAAGAAGAUGGAGAGGAGAGAGGCGUAAUGAGGCCAUAUUUAUCAGAGGCAUGGCUUAUCAGGAGACCUGAUUCGCCACUGCUAAACUUCAGAAUACCAAGAGUCACUACAGCUGCAGAGAUGAAGAAACAUAUUAGGUAUUGGGCAAGAACUGUUGCGUCUGUAAUUCAGCAAGAAUCUUAAAACCUAGUUCUUGGAGAGAGAGAGAGAACCACACAUUUUGAUGGAAUGUAAUCUAUUCCACCCACAACUUGCAACUGUAAAAAAAUGAGUUAGUUGUACAGUAAAUGAGUUUUUUUAACAUAUAUACAGUCAAUUAUCUCUGUCG